AGUGGAGUCAGUCAGUCAGUCAGUCAGUCAUGGCGGCGUCUGCUGCUGCUGCUGCUGGGAGACUCCGGGAUGGAGUAAACGCCGCAGCCGCCGCCUCUUGACUCCUUCUCGCCACCUUCAUGCGGGACCGUCGCCUGCGUCGGCAGAGAUAUCGCGAACACCCAGCAGCAGGCUGCCCGCGCUCCCCGCCAUGGCCGACCGAGGCGUCGAUUUGUCGGCUCUGCCUAAAGAGGUCAGGGACCAGCUGGCGGAGUUGGACUUGGAGCUGUCCGAAGGUGACAUCACACAGAAGGGCUACGAGAAGAAAAGGACCAAACUCCUGGUGCCAUACAUCAUCCACACCCCAGUGGAACCGCCCCCGAGGAACGACGUGCGGCCGCCAGCUCCCAGUUCCUCCUCCGGCCACGGCCCCCCUCCUUCCAGCUCAUCCCGUUACCGCGAAAGGCGCUCCCGUAGAACGCAUCGCAAUGGCGGAACCAGGGAUGACCGCUACCGAUCAGAUAUCCACUCUGAAGCUGUCCAAGCUGCUCUGGCUAAACAUAAAGAGGAAAAGAUGGCGCUGCCCAUGCCUACAAAACGCCGAUCAACAUAUGUGCCGUCGCCCAUCGAAACGCGUACGCCACCAGACUCCUCGUCGGCCUCUGAAGACGAAACGUCUGUGCGUAGGCAGUCGUCAUUGGUCAUCCCCGUCCCUUUGCACAAUCCCAACGCGCAGAGCCUCGACUAUUGGAUUAACCGCACCACCCAGGGUUCGUCUACGUCCUCAUCGGCCUCCUCCACCAUGUCCCACGGAGAGCCUAAACCGCAGUCUCAGAACCAGCCUCAGCCUCAGUACAAGCCUCAGUACCAACCUCUGUACAAGCCUCAGUACCAGCCGCACUAUCAACCCCAUCAGGAGCCACACGCCGCCGCCGUCACCGACAUGAUGGCGCACAGCCGCAUCGCCCCCUCUGAGAACAGUGCCCCGCCUCCAGAUGUGACCGCCGUUGCUCUCCCAGCCAGAGGCCCGCGGGUGGACUUGCCCUCCAACGCCACCGUUCGUGGGAUGAGUCGAGGGCAGAGUCGUUCCAGCAUGAUGGAGACCGCAGACGGAAGAAUUAAUCUCCAGAGAGUUCCAGUGAACAGCAGGGUGUCCACCAAGAUCCAGCAACUGCUAAACACCCUGAAGAGGCCAAAGAGGCCACCCCUCAGUGAGUUUUUCACGGACGACUCUGAAGAGAUAGUCGAAGUGCCCCAGCCGGACCCUAACACACCCAAGCCGGAAGGCCGUCAGAUCAUCCCGGUGAAAGGCGAGCCUCUGGGGGUGGUCAGUAACUGGCCCCCAGCCUUGCAGGCUGCGUUGGCCCGGUGGGGGGCCACACAGGGAAAAAGCCCGGCCCUCACAGCUCUCGACAUCACAGGCAAACCGCUGUACACGCUGACGUAUGGGAAGCUGUGGAGUCGCAGUGUGAAGCUGGCGUUCACUCUUCUCAAUAAGCUGGGCACCAAGAAUGAGCAGAUUCUCAAACCCGGAGACAGGGUGGCACUGGUGUUCCCUAACAGUGACCCUGGGAUGUUCUGGGUGGCCUUCUAUGGCUGCCUCCUGGCUGAGGUCAUACCUGUACCCAUAGAGGUGCCCCUGUCUCGCAAGGAUGCGGGCAUCAGCCAGGUGGGGUUUCUCCUCGGUAGCUGUGGUGUCGGCCUGGCACUGACCAGCGAGAUUUGUCUGAAGGGUCUACCUAAGACCCCAGCUGGAGAAAUAAUGCAGUUCAAAGGCUGGCCUCGGAUGAAGUGGGUGAUUACAGACUCCAAAUAUCUGACUAAGCCUUCUAAAGACUGGCAGCCGCACAUCCCAACGGCCAAUACUGACCCAGCAUACAUCGAGUACAAGGCCAAUAAAGAGGGCACCGUGGUGGGUGUGGCUGUGUCCAAAGUGGCCAUGCUGACCCACUGCCAGGCACUGACUCAGGCCUGCAACUACUGCGAGGGGGAGACAUUAGUGAAUGUUCUGGACUUUAAGAAAGACAUGGGUCUGUGGCAUGGGGUUCUCACGGCUGUGAUGAACAGGAUCCACACUAUAAGUGUUCCCUAUGCAGUCAUGAAGGCGUGUCCUCUCUCCUGGGUGCAGAGGGUCCACAUUCACAAAGCUCGUUUAGCUUUGGUGAAGUGCCGGGACCUGCACUGGGCCAUGAUGGCUCACCGGGAGCAGAGAGACAUUAGCCUGGUGUCUUUGCGGAUGCUGAUUGUUGCUGAUGGCGCCAACCCCUGGUCAGUUUCCUCCUGCGAUGCCUUCCUGAACGUGUUCCAGUCUCACGGGCUGAAGCCGGAAGUUAUCUGUCCCUGCGCUACAUCCCCUGAGGCCAUGACAGUGGCUAUACGCAGACCUGGAUUACCGGGCGCGCCACUUCCCGCCCGUGCCGUCCUUUCCCUUGGCGGCCUGAGCCAUGGGGUCAUCAGGGUCAAUACAGAAGACAAGAACUCAGCCCUCACCGUGCAGGACGUGGGGCAUGUUAUGCCAGGAGCUCUGAUGUGCAUUGUUAAACCAGACGGGCCUCCUCAGUUAUGUAAAACCGAUGAGAUCGGAGAGAUAAUAAUCAACUCCCGAGCUGGGGGCACAAUGUACUACGGCCUGCCCGGGGUCACCAAAAACACCUUUGAGGUGAUACCGGUCAAUGCUAAUGGAGUCCCCAUUGGAGAGAUUCCAUUUGUGCGGUCAGGACUCUUGGGGUUUGUUGGUCCGGGAAGUCUGAUCUUUGUUGUGGGCAAGAUGGAGGGUCUCCUACAAGUGAGCGGACGGAGACACAACGCCGACGACCUCGUGGCCACUGCACUCGCCGUGGAGCCGGUCAAGACAGUGUACCGCGGGAGGAUCGCUGUGUUCUCAGUCACUGUGUUCUACGACGAGAGGGUCGUGAUUGUGGCAGAGCAGAGGCCGGACGCCAGCGAGGAGGACAGCUUCCAGUGGAUGAGUCGCGUCCUUCAGGCCAUUGACAGUAUCCACCAGGUCGGCCUCUACUGCCUUGCUCUAGUCCCAGCCAACACCUUACCAAAAACACCUCUGGGGGGCAUCCACAUUUCCGACACCAAGCAGUUCUUCUUAGAGGGCAACCUCCACCCUUGCAACAUCCUCAUGUGUCCACACACCUGUGUCACCAACCUGCCCAAACCCCGGCAGAAGCAGCCAGUUGGCGUUGGUCCUGCAUCCGUGAUGGUGGGAAACCUGGUGGCAGGGAAGAGGAUCGCCCAGGCAUCAGGCAGAGAGCUCGGCGUGAUUGAAGAUCAGGAUCUUGUCCGGAAACUCUGUAUGUGGCCCACUGUCAUGCAUCAGUAUUUGGCAGAAGCACUACAGUGGAGGGCACAGACUGAUCCAGACCAUGUUCUUUACGUGCUUCUUAACGCCAAGGGAGUGGCUGUGAGCACGGCAACCUGCGUUCAGCUUCACAAGCGAGCCGAGAAGAUUGCGGCGGCGCUCAUGGAGAAAGGCAGCAUCAACACCGGCGAGAACGUUGUGUUGCUUUAUACUCCUGGUAUUGACUUGAUCGCCUCCUUUUAUGGCUGCCUCUACGCCGGUUGUGUCCCCGUAAACGUCAGACCUCCACACCCUCAGAACCUGGCGGCCACGCUGCCUACUGUCCGUAUGAUCAUUGACGUCAGUAAAGCAGCAUGUAUCCUCACAACUCAAAAUCUGAUGCGGAUUCUUCGCUCCAAAGAGGCUGCAGCAUCUGUAAACAUUAAAACAUGGCCGACAAUCAUAGACACUGAUGAUCUUCCUCGCCGCCGGCCUCCUCAGAUCUAUAAGCCGCCCACAGCCGAGAUGAUAGCCUAUCUGGACUUCAGUGUGUCCACUACGGGCAUGCUCACUGGAGUCAAGAUCUCUCAUGCAGCGGUCAGUGCGCUGUGCCGCUCUAUAAAACUGCAGUGUGAGCUUUACUCUUCUCGCCAAAUCGCCAUCUGCCUGGAUCCUUACUGCGGUCUGGGCUUUGUCUUGUGGUGCCUCGCUAGUGUUUACUCAGGUCAUCAGUCCAUCCUGAUUCCUCCGUUUGAGCUGGAGACCUGCUUGUCCCUGUGGCUCAGCACGCUCAGUCAGUAUCGUGUCAGAGACACCUUCUGCUCCUACUCCGUCAUGGAGUUCUGCACCAAAGGACUGGGCACUCAAACGGAGUUGCUCAAGGCUCGUGGCGUCAACCUGUCGUGCGUGCGAAGCUGCGUGGUGAUUGCAGAGGAGCGCCCUCGCCUGGCCCUCACACACUCUUUCUCUAAGCUGUUUAAAGAUCUGGGGUUGUCAACCAGGGCUGUCAGCACCGCUUUUGGAUCCAGGGUUAACCUGGCUGUCUGUCUGCAGGGUACCACUGGUCCUGAUCCUUGUACAGUGUACGUGGACAUGAAGUCGCUUCGCCAUGACAGGGUGAGACUGGUUGAGAGAGGAGCUCCUCAGAGUCUUCCGCUGAUGGAGUCUGGCAAGAUAUUGCCAGGCGUUAGAGUCAUAAUCGUGAACCCAGAGACCAGAGGCCCGCUCGGAGACUCUCAUCUCGGAGAGAUUUGGGUAAACAGCCCUCAUAAUGCCAGUGGUUACUACACAAUCUACGGAGAGGAAAGUCUUCAGGCCGACCACUUUAACACCAAGCUGAGCUUUGGGGACCCGCAGACCUUAUGGGCCAGAACCGGAUACUUGGGCUUUGUGAAGAGGACCGAGCUCCUGGAUGCCAGUGGAGAUCGGCAUGAUGCUCUUUUUGUGGUGGGAUCGCUGGACGAGACCCUGGAGCUCCGUGGGCUUCGCUACCACCCCAUUGACAUUGAGACAUCCGUGUCUCGUGCCCACCGCAGUAUCGCUGAGAGUGCUGUGUUUACAUGGACCAACCUAUUGGUGGUGGUGUCGGAGCUGUGCGGUUCAGAGCAGGACGCGCUGGACCUGGUGCCUCUGAUAACAAACGUGGUCCUGGAGGAGCACCACCUCAUUGUGGGCGUGGUUGUCAUCGUGGACCCCGGGGUCAUUCCCAUCAACUCACGGGGGGAGAAGCAACGCAUGCACCUUCGGGACUCAUUUCUGGCCGACCAGCUGGAUCCCAUUUAUGUCGCUUACAACAUGUAAGGGUUGGUGGCGGUCCAGGCCUGCUGGCGUGUGACUGGACCCGUCCUGUUUGAAUGGUCACUGUGUUUUAUUGACGUGCAAAUCAGUCCGAAGCGGGAAGACGAAACCACCAGGAGCGUUUCGUUAUAAAAGGCCCCCUCCAAAAAAGUUGAAUUGCCCUUCCUAUGUAAAGGCCUUUCACACAGGACCACUUUGGAAAUUCCAUGUUAUUGCCUUUAUUAGUAUAUAUAUUUAAAAAGAACAAUCUACCUGCUAUAUAGUUAGUUACCACAAACCUUUUGAAACACUUGUGGUGACACUGAUUCCAAGAGCUACUACUCAACUUGAAAUCUUUUUUACAUGCAGCUUUCAAACAAAUGCACAUACGCUUGUGUUGAGCCUGUCUUUACCCUCAAUGGUGUCGGGGAAAAAAAAGCAAAUCCAGCUUGUUUCACGCUGCGUUCAACCUUGGCACGUUUGGAUCGUUUAAAAGGAACUUUGGUGCAGUUACACUGCUAGAAAAGAUUGUUAGAUUAAUUCCAAACGUACCGUAUUUUUCGGAGUAUAAGUCGCACCUGCCGAAAAAGCAUAAUAAAGAAGGAAAAAAACAUAUACAGUGGGGCAAAAAAGUAUUUAGUCAGCCAC